AUGGCUCUCCAGCUCUGGGAGAUUUGCCUUGCAGCAUUUGGCUGUGGCUGGCUGGGUCUAUUUGUUUACAGAGCAACUUUCGCACCCCUAUCAAAACUUCCUGGGCCAUGGUACACCCUGUUCUCUGAUGUGUUUCUCAUGUACAAAGAAUUCACAGCUCAGCGUCGAGUGUAUAUUCACGAGCUGCACAAAAGGUUUGGGCCUGUUGUUCGAUUGGGACCCAAUGAAGUAUCCUUUACAUCCCUGGAAGCCGUGAAAGAGAUAUACCAGAGUGGUGGGAGCGGAUAUGACAAGACCGAGUUUUACAACUUAUUCAUACAGUAUGGAACGAGGACAACGUUCUCAACACUUCGGAAACGGGAACACGACCAAAUGAAGCGCUACAUCGCGGGAUCAUAUGCUAAUACAAGCAUUAUGCAUCCCGAAGUUUUGGAUGGUAUUCAAGAACGAGUGAAGGCAUUUUUGAGGCAGUGCGAAGAAGCAAGAAAGCCGGCUAUAGAUUUCUACGUUUAUCUGCAUUGUUUUGCCAUGGAUUGUGCCUCGUUUCAUCUGCUCCAUCCCCAUGGAACCAAAUCUAUUGAGGGUAAAGAUCUCAAUUUGAUGCAAGAGUAUUCAUAUGGCGAUACUUUAAGAACGAAAUUAUUUCGAUAUCGUUGGCCAGCUCUGGCACGCUGGCUGGAGAAGACCUUCCAACAGAAAUUCGAAUCACAUAUCGGCCAGUACGUACUCAGAGCAUGCGAACAGACCGAUUCAGGAGACCACAGUUUGGCAUACAAACUUAAGAAUAGUAAUGCGAAAUUUGGGCAAAUUCAAGUCGCUGCGGAAUGCAUGAACCAUCUAGCAGCGGGUAUUGAUACAACUGGUGACGCUUUGUGCUUCUUGAUAUAUCAAUUGUCUCUACCCAAGAAUUACCAAGUCCAAGAUCAACUGAUUGCUGAACUUUCAUCUAACAAAGAUAAAGCUCUUAAUGACUUGCCAUACUUGGAAGCAGUCAUCAAAGAAGGUCUGAGAUGUUUCCCUCCCAUUCCAAUGUCACAGCCUCGGUGUGUCCCCUCUACUGGCCGCAUCAUCGACGGAUAUUCUAUUCCCGCGAGGACUAUCGUCAGCUGUCAGGCCUGGAGUGUCCAUCAGUUGAACCCCGACGUUUUUGAUCAGGGUGAUAAAUUUCUCCCAGAAAGGUGGCUUGAUUCAAAGUCCGUUCUUAGGAUGAACAGCCUACUUUUCUCAUUUGGAGCUGGUGGGAGAUCUUGCACGGGCAGGCAUCUUGCAAUGGUUGAAAUGAAAUGCCUGCUCCGCGAGCUAUACUCUCUAUAUAGGACCAAAAUCGCCCCAGAAAUGAAAGGAAGCAUGGAAUUGUAUGACCAAGCCAUUUCUACUCGGCCUUUAGAUCAGACAUGCUUGUUGAUACUUGAACCUGUACAAAAGUUAGGCCCUAAGUAG